UUUUACAGGGCAGAUCCCUGCCCUGUUUUCCUUUUUCUUUUGCCCCCUUUUCUUCUGCGUUUACAAGAAUCCAUACGUACAAUAUUUUCUGUCAUCUCUCUGUAGUCAUGAGCCUUUUUGGUCUUGGCAGGAACCAGAGGACAUUUCGUCCCAAGAAAAGUGCACCAUCAGGGAGUAAGGGUGCACAACUAAGGAAACACAUUGAUGCUACUCUGGGUAGUGGAAACCUGAGAGAAGCUGUAAGACUUCCACCGGGGGAGGAUAUAAAUGAAUGGCUUGCUGUCAACACUGUGGAUUUCUUCAACCAGGUGAAUCUUCUACAUGGCACGUUAACUGAGUUCUGUACACCAGAGAGCUGUCCCACUAUGACCGCAGGCCCCAAGUAUGAAUACAGAUGGGCUGAUGGUGUGCAAAUCAAGAAGCCUAUUGAAGUCUCAGCUCCUAAAUAUGUCGAGUACCUAAUGGACUGGAUUGAAUCACAAUUGGACGAUGAAUCCAUCUUUCCUCAAAAGCUCGGUGCACCAUUUCCUAACAACUUCAGGGAUGUUGUAAAAACAAUUUUUAAACGCUUAUUUCGUGUAUACGCUCAUAUCUACCAUACACACUUUCAGAAAAUUGUGAGUCUCAAGGAGGAAGCACAUUUAAACACAUGCUUCAAACAUUUCAUAUUGUUUACCUGUGAGUUUGCGUUGAUUGACAACAAGGAGUUAGCUCCACUUCAAGAGCUUAUAGAAUCCAUUGUCCCCCACUGAAAAGCUCUCUAGUCAAUCUAUAGUUCAAAGUUGAUUUCAUUCAGGUACAAAAUAAGAGGGUAUGGCUAAAAUUGUCAAAUAUUAUUUCAGCCUCUGAAGCAAAAGUUCUGAUAUCCAAACCCUUGUAUGAAACUUGUUUACUUCUAUUUUUAUAAAGUUAGAUCUUUUUAAGCUA